AUGCCUCUUCCGCAGCUUCUAGUAGGCAAAGUCGCUGCUAUCACAGGCGGUUUAACUGGAAUUGGCAGGGCCAUUGCCCUCGAAUACCUCCGCCACGGUGCCAAAGUAGCCAUCAACCACUUAGGCGGACCGAAUGAAGAAGCAUUCCUCGAGUCCAUCCACAAAGACGCAGUCGAGAUCACAGGAUUGCAAGAAAAGAGAUUCCUAACUGUUGCUGGGGACGUCACGCAGCCGGAGACGGGGAAGGAGUUUAUUGCAAAGACUGUGGCUGAGUUUGGUCGGUUAGAUGUUUUUGUGAGCAAUGCGGGCGUGUGUAAAUUUGCGGAGUUCCUGGAUGUCGACCCUCCCCUCCUCGGCCACACUGUAUCCACCAACCUCUCCGGCGCCUUCUAUGCAACCCAAGCAGCAGGCCGUCAAAUGGCCCUAGUCCAAUCACCACCCGGCGGCUCAAUAAUCGGAAUCAGCUCCAUCUCUGCCCUCGUCGGAGGCGGCCAGCAAACGCACUACACGCCCACCAAAGCCGGAGUCCUCAGCUUGAUGCAAUCAACCGCAGUAGCACUGGGCAAAUACAAUAUCCGAUGCAAUGCUCUCUUGCCCGGGACUAUCCGGACGCAAUUGAAUGAUGAGGAUAUGAGUGAUCCGGUUAAGAGGGAGUAUAUGGAGGGAAGGAUUCCGUUGGGUAGGUUAGGGCAGUCGCCGGAUUUGGCUGGGCCGGCGGUGUUUUUGGCAUGUGAGGAGUUGAGUGGGUAUGUUACUGGGGCGCAGUUGUUGGUUGAUGGGGGGUUGUUUGUCAAUCUUCAGUGA